AGACCAGCCUGGGAGCAGAGCUGUGCACUCCCGAUGGAAGAACGUCGUGGGAGAAAAUAAUACGCCUAGACCUACCGGAGCAUAUAGUAGAGGACUCGCUGCGUACCUAUGUGUCAGUGAGCGGCGUUGUGCUCGGUAACCCAAUGGAGAAUCUGGAUAAUCUACUCAACUAUCGUCAUGAAAAUGGCUCAUUCUCGGUUUUCAAACAGGAUAAGCCUGGCAGUACCUGGUUAAUGGCCUACGUGUUUGGUGUGUUUAGCGAGGCAGAACGGCUGCUGCAGGAGAAGGUUCUAGAAGAGUUACGGACUGCAAACGUUAAUUUCGAUCCCACACUCUCCGCGGCUUUUACAUUUCUCAAAGCAAUGCAGCGUGAGGAUGGCUGCUUUGUGGAGUACGGUUUGGUACCUCACUCAGACCUACAGGCCCCAGGCAGUUCUCAAAAGGCAAAACCACUUAAUGACCUACUUCUAACUUCCUAUGUCCUUUCAGCCCUGGUCGAAGCUCCACCUGCGCUAAAAAAACACAAUUCUCAACUGUAUGCUACAACUGUAGCCUCGGCGGGUAGAUGUCUAUUACGUACUCUUGGUUCAUUUAAGGAUUCCGAAAUUUCCCUAAAAGCACUUGCCAAGGUGGCCUUUGCACUCAGGAGUCUUACAGAGCAGCCUGAAUACCUAGAAAAACGCGAGCUAGUUUACGGAGAAUUGAUCAAUAGGUCCUCA